AUGGUAAUGAUGCGCUACGUGCUGUGUAUCCUCGCUCUCCUGCUCUCAUGUGCGUGUGUGCACGUCCUCGCUGAAGAAGUGCCUGCCGCCGAUCUUUCCGACCAAGUCCCUGAUACGGAGAGUGAGACAAAGAUUCUUCUUCCUUGUCCUGCUGCUGGUGCUUCUGAGCCUGGUUGUUCUGGUGGAAGUAGUGGUCAUUCCCCCGGUCCUCUUCUUACUUCUGAGUCUAGUACUCUUAAUCCUGCGCUUCAGAAGGAGAGAAAAGAGGGUGGUGAUGAUAGAAUUCCUGUUCCUCAAGCUAUGGGUGUUGCUGGGGGAUUGAGUGAUCAAGAAACUUCACAUCUUGCUGGUCAAAGAGAAACUGAACACCAACCACUUCAUGCUGCUUCAACUACAAGACCCAAUCCUGGUGACAGUCAAACAGUGCAGGGUCACAAUCAUGAUAGAGGACAGACUCAAGACCGAACACAUCAAGGAGGAGCGAAUGUUUUAUCACCGAUAAAAGAAGUACAACCUUCUGUACACGGUGGAAAAGCAGAAGAGAAAUCACAAGAGAAUUCAAAGGAGCAGCUCACUCUCCAAUCUAAAGGUAGUCCCAAUGAGAACUCUGAUGCGCCACAGAGAUCUGGUCCCCAGGUGCAGGAACCAUCAUCUGCAGACACACACGAUGACGACAAAAAUGAGAACAAGCGAGACAACCGCAGUGUAUCAAGUGGAAGUACAACUACGAAUAGUGGCACACUAACACAAUCUUCUUCACCAACAUCUACUGAAGCCAAUGCUACACCUUCACCACAGGAAACUGAGGGGAAUAAUGAAUCUGACCAUAAAAACGCUGAAAGCGGCACUGCACCAGAAGGGAGUGGGUCACCAAAUACCCAACAAGGUGCUGUGGAAAAUGCGGAUACCACCACCACAACAACACUUCCUCCUGAACUCACAAACAACAAGAAGGGUGAUGCAGACAGCAGCAGCAGUAUCAGCAGUUCUGUGUGGGUACGUGUACCACUACUGAUUGUGGUUACACUGGCCUGUAUUCUUGUGUGCUGA